GCAUAGGUGUCGUUCCUCGUUGGUCAUUAGCGUGAAAUGGGUGUUUGUUAUUUAUAUAUUAUUUGGUGUAUUAUAUUGCAAGAGGACAAGAAAAGGCUAUAAAAUCAUCGAUCUCGUGAACCCACAUAGAGCAAAGGUUUUGAAUAUUAGAUUUCAUCAUCCGUUCGGUGUUUUCGAGGAGGUCUUGAUAACUCUCUUGGGUCGUUCUUCGUUGCUUCAAGAGUUGGAACAUUGGGUGGUGGUCUUUGUUUCUCGAGGCUUGAUUUUGCUGUGUGAUUGCAGUGAUCAGGAAACAUGGCCGAUGAGAAGUCUGGAAUCGUUAAAGAUGUCACCGAGUUGAUAGGUAAAACUCCGCUGGUGUACCUCAAUAGUGUUGUGGACGGAUGUGUUGCUCGUGUGGCGGCAAAGCUUGAAAUGAUGGAGCCAUGCUCUAGUGUCAAGGACAGGAUUGGCUAUAGUAUGAUUACAGAUGCUGAGGAGAAGGGGCUUAUCACACCUGGUGAGAGUGUAUUGAUUGAGCCUACAAGUGGCAAUACUGGCAUUGGGUUGGCAUUCAUGGCAGCAGCAAAGGGCUACAGGCUAAUCAUUACAAUGCCAGCGUCUAUGAGUUUGGAAAGAAGGAUCAUCCUCCGUGCCUUUGGAGCUGAGUUGGUCCUGACCGACCCUGCCAAGGGCAUGAAGGGUGCUGUUCAGAAGGCGGAGGAGAUUAUGGCAAAGACACCUAACUCUUACAUUCUUCAGCAGUUCGAGAACCCUGCUAACCCAAAGGUACAUUAUGAAACAACCGGACCAGAGAUAUGGAAAGGCUCGGGAGGCAAAAUAGAUGCCUUUGUUUCUGGGAUUGGAACUGGUGGUACUAUAACUGGCGCUGGAAAGUUUCUGAAAGAGCAAAACCCUGAUAUAAAGCUCUAUGGUAUUGAACCUGUUGAAAGCCCUGUAUUAUCUGGAGGGAAGCCUGGUCCUCACAAGAUCCAAGGGAUAGGUGCUGGUUUCAUUCCAGGUGUCUUGGAAGUUGACCUUAUCGAUGAAGUUAUUCAAAUAUCAAGUGAUGAAGCAAUUGAAACUGCAAAGCUUCUUGCAGUGAAAGAAGGUUUGCUUGUGGGAAUUUCCUCCGGUGCAGCAGCAGCAGCUGCAAUUAAAAUCGCAAAGAGGCCAGAGAAUGCUGGAAAACUAAUAGUGGCUGUGUUUCCAAGCUUCGGAGAGAGAUAUCUCUCCUCUGUGCUGUUCGAGUCGGUGAGAAAGGAGGCAGAGAACAUGACCUUUGAGCCCUGAGCAUUUCCGGGCUGAUGUUCCUUUUUACAGACUAGACCAGCAUCUGGUCCUUUCUCGGGCGUUAAGAUGUGCAGAUGAAUCUCUCAAUAAGCUUCUCUUUUGCUUCCUCGUGUACUUUCGGGGAUUAGAAUUGCAGACCACAUUUCGAUUUAAACGAUAUAUGGUUAUGCAGCCUUGGAUUUUCGUCCGA